AUGGAUGGAAAAGGAGACAAGCUAAGGCAGGCGAGCCCGGCGGGGCAGGUGGCUCGGUGGCGCAGCAGGCCUCGGAGGGGGAUUUGGCUGGAAUGCCACUUUAAGAAGUUCUACAAGUUUGGAAGUUCAUAUAUUGCUGCUUCAUAUGUUAAGUUUUUAGAAUCUGCUGGUGCCCGGGUUGUGCCAAUAAGAUUAAGUCUUUCAGAUGAAGAGUAUGAUAAGCUGUUCCACUCUAUUAAUGGGAUACUUUUUCCAGGAGGUGGUGUGGAUCUUAGGACUUCAAAAUAUGCUAAGGUUGCUAAGAUCUUUUACCAGAAGGCAUUGGAGGCUAAUGAUAAAGGAGAUUAUUUUCCAAUAUGGGGAACAUGUCUUGGACAUGAAGAGCUGACGUAUCUCACAAGUGGCGAAAUUUUACUUGUUAAUACCAACACAGAUGGUUUUGCAUUCCCUCUGAACUUUACCUCAGUUGCAAAAAACAGUAGGUUAUUCAGGAAUUUCCCUGAGGAUAUAUUACAUGCAUUUGCUACUGAGCCAUUGACAUCGAACUUUCAUGUGUGGAGCCUCUCCGUGCAGAAUUUCACAAAGAAUGAGAAGCUAUAUAAUUUCUAUAAUGUUCUGACCACUAACACAGCUGACGAACUGGAGUUUAUAUCUACCAUGGAAGCGUACAAAUACCCAAUUUACGGUGUCCAGUGGCAUCCAGAGAAAAAUGCUUAUGAAUGGAAGAACUCAUCAGGCAUUCCACAUUCCUCCUUGGCUAUAAGAGCAUCAUAUUACAUGGCUGACUUCUUCGUUAACGAAGCCCGGAAGAACCUACACAGUUUUCCCACUAAAGAUGAGGAGACAAAAGAAUUGAUUUAUAAUUACACUCCGACUUAUACAGGAGCAUUUUCUUCAUUUCAACAAGUCUAUUUUUUUGAUUGAAUAUCUGUUCAAAGGUGCAGCAUUGCUGUUUGCAAAAGGAAUUAUUUGCUGGCAUUUCAUAAUUAAGCUGAUAUAGUGCACUGCAGUUUACAGUGAUUUAUCCUGUGUUUCUUCUGCACUGUUGGAUCAUUAAUCUAAAAAUUUACAAUUAAUGAGGUAAUAAUUGUCCUGGAUCACACUUGAAUACAAGCCACAGAAAAAUGAUUUUUUUCCUCCAGAAAAGGCAUUUUGAUUAUGCUUAUAAAUUUGAAAAUGAUCAGUUGUAGUAAAAGGAAAAACAUGAUAUUCAUAUAUUUCAAAAUAUGGGGUUUAUCUCUGUAAAGUGUUGUGGACUGUGAUAGCACUAGUGGUUUAGAGAUGGUGCUUAGUACUACUCUGUUCUCUUAAAAUGAUUUAACGUAAGAGACUUCUGAUCUUGGACUUGUUGUAAAUAUGUAUGUAACUAAGUUCUUAACAGGGACUAGUUUGUCGUUUGAAAAAAUAAUAAAAUUCGUGCUACAUAAGCACGAGAAUGCAAUGUAAAUUACACGUUGCAAAUACCAGAUAAAAUUAACUUGGAGGGCAUAAUUAAGUGCUGAUCCCACUUUCUACUCUUCUCAAAUUCAGUUUCAUAAAUCCUGCAAGAAUCUGUUUGAUAGUAGCUGGAUUCUGCAAAUGGAGCAGACUAUUUGUCGAUAUGUAAAAGAAUGUCAACCUAACUUUUAACUGUGUCAUGAUUUGUACUCUUUUAAACUUUUAAAACUUUUUCUGUAGUUACUGGAUAGAAUUCUCACUGGUGGAGUCGGGGGAGUUUGCCAUUGACUUAGUAGAGCCGAUAGUUUCUUUCUCUUUCCUCAUACAGUUUAAUGCAACUGGAAUUCAAACAGCAGAUGAAUGUAUCUGAAAAACCUAUUAAUGUUGACAUAAUGAUAAUAGCAGUUACAUUCAGUACGCUAUGGUGCCCGUUUGUUUUUUUGCUCUGCUACAUGCUUAGUGGCAUGCUUAGUUUUGUUCAGUGGUUUUGUGUGGGGUCCAAAAGGGAACUAAGAUGAGACAAUCAGAUAUAAUUUUCCUGUAUUGCACAGCUUUCAAACUUUGUUAAUGUCAGUGGGAAUUUGGAGUUUAUGAAGAAUUCAGUUUGUACCUCAGCUCUCUGUUUGGCGGUACCUUGUGUUCUAAAGUACCACAUCUGAAUAAAGCCAAUACGUUUCUCAGGUCAUUUAAGUAAAGUAUUCUAUAACUUAUUCUUCAUAACCAAACAACUGCACAGACAAUGUGAAAAGCGUUAAUUAAAAUAAUGUAAGUAUAAAAUAGUAUAAGGAAAAAUAACUAUGACUACUGAAAAGACAUUGUUGGGUGAUGACAAGCUUAGACUUGUGAAAUUGCAAAUUUCUGCAUUUUCCUGAUGAGCCAAGUUCUGUAAAUGGAACUCUGUUUUUAAUAUAAGCAACCUUAUUUUAUUAACUAUGUUAGCUGAUUCCUGACUAGAACCAGUGUAAAAAGAGCAUCAUGGUCUCCAGUUGCAAAUAGAUGUAGCAGCUAAGAUACCAAGGCCAGUCUUCCACUUCUUGCUCGUGUUAAGUUCAUCGGAAUAUGUCUUAAGAGUCUGCCUGAGUAAGGAGUGCAGGAGUUAACCUUAAUAACAGGGACCAAUCUGGCAAGUGAAAUGUCUGCUAACUGCAAUGGUAGUAAUCAGUUCACAGGUGUGUAACUGUGAAGAAUAUGGUGUGCAAUGUGAUGAGAAAGCAGUGCUUAUCAUCUAUAUAUGUCUUUCCGUUGUAUUCUUUAUUUUAUAAAGCCUUAUUUGAUGGUAUUGGUGAUUUUCUAUGAUACUUGAAAUAAAGUUUAUUCAAAAAUACA